GGUUAUGUAUCUCCUAACACAGUGCGCAAGGAUUGGUUGAGGAGAGAUCAUGUGACUGCAAUGUAGCCGGAACCAGGAAGAGAUUGUAUGAGGACACAGGCUGGCUGUGUGUAGGAGGAGAAGUGCUGGAGAGGAUGUCACUCGAGUUCACACGAUAAAUGAGAAGGUUGCUGAAGCUGCUUUAACUCUGUCGGCUCCUGCUCCAUGCUGUACUCUACUUCCUCCUGCUCUCCUGUGCAUCAGUCGUAAGAUGUUUAUUAACAAAAUUAGAGUAUUCUUGGAUACAGCAAAAAUACAUAUUUGUAAUUCACGGCAGCCGGAUAUCAAACAGUUUUAUACUUUUAUUCGUAAGCAAGGAAAUGAACACGGAAUUGCCAUGUCUGAGAAAUCUGUGAAGCCACAAGAUUCCGCUUGCAGCUCCAGGAAAGAGGGGAAAAGCAAGAAACUUUCUGUGGAAGGGAAUAUUGCUGUUGGAAAGUCAAGCUUCUUGAGAUUAUUGGCCAGCGAAUAUCAAGAAUGGAGUUUUAUGGGAGAACCUCUGCAGAAAUGGCAGCAUGUCAAUUCUUCGUCUAGUCCUGGGAUAGAUAAUUUGCUACAACUUCUGUACGACAAUCCAGCUCGAUGGUCUUAUACCUUUCAGACGCUUUCUUGUAUGACUCGUUUUAAAGCCCAGAUUGAGUCGUUUUCAGAGCAGCUGCUGAAGCAGCAAGAACCUGUGCGAAUAUUUGAAAGGUCUAUAUAUAGUGAUAGAUUUGUGUUUGCCAAGACUCUCUUUGAACUUGGCCAUUUAAAUGACAUGGAAUGGAACAUGUAUCAAGAAUGGCACACUUUUUUACUUCAGGAGUUUGGUCAGAGAGCUUCUCUGGAUGGGAUUUUAUAUCUCCGUGCAACUCCAAUGAAAUGUUUUGAAAGGCUUCACAAAAGGGCAAGGAAGGAAGAAGAGCAGGUUACCCAACAGUACCUUGAAAAGUUACAUGACCAGCAUGAAGGCUGGCUAAUAAAUAAGGACAAAGACGUUCAUCCUGCACAUUUCAGUAACAUUCCAGUUCUGAUUUUAGAGGUUGAUGAGGAUUUUGAAGAGAAUCCUGUAGUUAGUCAAAGCCUUGUUUCCAAAGUUCGAGACUUUGUAGUCUCCUUGUAAUAUUUUAUUGUUGUAUCUGUGUUUGAAGUUUGAACUACUCUACCAUUACUAAGCUACUGAAAAUGCUAACUGACUGCCUAUAUCUGGCUUCCUCGCUUUUAAUACACUGCCCUCAACAUGCAGAUAAGAAAAAUUUGAAAAUUCUAAAGCCAUUGGAUCUGCAUGGCCAGCAGAUUAUUAUUUAUUAUUAUUAUUAUUAUCAUCACAAGGAAUGAUCAGCAGUGGCAGCCUUUAUACGUUUUUACAACAGGCAUGUGUUUUCUUACUUGACUCUUGGACUGCUUUGUGUAGUACUUCCAGAUCUGUACAGUAAUCCAGCAUGAAAACUUUAUUUUCUGCAGGAGCUUUCUGUAAUAAAGACCAAUGACUGCUGCUCUCCCUCCUUGUUCAUGGUAACUGGUUUUGUCUCUGCCCCCUCCUGUAGUUUUUUAUAGACAGCCUGUUGUUUUUGGACCCUUUCCGCCACAGCGCAGUGAUGUCACUGCACAUUUUAUAUGGUAAUAUCUGGAUUUUCAAAGGUAUUUGCUCCAAAGUGGAUUUAUAUCUGUUACAGCUGUUGCGAAAUAUAUUUCAAUAAAAGUGUUUGAGUUUAACUUA